AUGGCGGCCCUUUUGUGCUUCAUAUGUUGGGUUUCACCUAUCCAAGCUUAUAAAAGGCUCAGAAAGAAUGGUUUUGAAGGUCCAAAACCAAAAUUUCCUUUGGGGAACAUUGAAGAGAUGAGAAAAAAGGAGAAAACAGAUUCUCUUUUUGAUCAAUCUAUAGAUGUAACCCACAACAUCCAUUCAAGUGUGUUUCCUUACUUUGCUAGGUGGAGAAAAUUAUAUGGAAAAGUAUUUGUGUAUUGGCUUGGGACGGAGCCAUUUCUAUAUGUUGCAGAGCCUGAAUUUCUGAAGCAGAUGUCAUCAGUAGUGAUGGCCAAGAACUGGGGAAAGCCUAAAGUGUUUAAAUAUGAUAGAACGCCUAUGUUUGGGAAUGGACUAAACAUGGUGGAAGGAGAUGAUUGGACUCACCAUCGUAGCAUCAUUGCACCUGCAUUGUCACCAGCCAACCUCAAGGUCAUGGCAAGCUCAAUGGUGGAAUCUACCAAUAAGAUGUUAGACCAGUGGUCUACCCUCAUUGCCUCCGGCGAGCCCACCAUCGACGUGGAGCGACACGUCAUAAGUACGGCUGCAGAGAUCAUUGCAAAGACAUCUUUUGGAAUCAAUGACGACAAUGGUAGCUUAGUGUUUCAGAAGCUAAGAGACCUGCAAAUCUCUCUCUUCAAGUUUAAUCGCUUGGUUGGUGUUCCCUUCAGCAAGCUUAUGCAUCUUAAGAAGACCUCAGAGUCAAGAAAGCUAGGAAAGGAGAUCGAUAGUCUCCUUUUAUCGAUCAUAGCUUCUAGGAAGAGAGAUCAUCAUCAUCCUCAACAAGACUUGCUAGGGCUUCUACUUGCAGACUCGGAGAACAAUAACCAAGUUGAUGGGCAACAGGGCAAGAAGAAGAAGAAGCUUACGGAGAGAGAGCUGGUGGACGAGUGCAAGACUUUCUUCUUUGCGGGUCAUGAGACUACGGCUUUGGCCAUCACAUGGACAUUACUACUCUUGGCCUUGCACCCUGAGUGGCAAGAAUAUCUGAGGGAAGAGAUCAAAGAAGUUACUGGAGAUGGUCCCCUUGAUCCCAUCAUGCUUCCUCGACUAAAGAAGAUGGGAUGGGUGAUGAACGAGGCAUUACGGUUAUAUCCAACGGCACCGAACGCCCAGAGACAAGCAAGAGAAGACAUUCGGGUCGGGCACACCGUCAUACCCAAGGGAACAAAUAUUUGGAUCGAUCUAGUCGGAAUGCAUCAUGACCAGACUAUAUGGGGCGAUGACGUGAACGAGUUCAGACCCGAUAGGUUCAAGGAAGACCCAAAUGGGGGAUGCAACCACAAGAUGGGAUACCUGCCUUUCGGGUUUGGAGGUAGAAUCUGCCCGGGUAGGAACUUGUCCCUGAUGGAAUACAAGAUUGUGUUGACCCUAGUCCUUCGUAGGUUUUCUCUCUCUCUUUCUCCAAGCUAUUGUCAUUCCCCCACCGUUAUGCUCUCCUUAAGACCUAACCAAGGCUUGCCCCUUGUGCUUCAAGCCCUUUAGAGAGUCUUUUCUUUAUUUCAAAUCAGUAUCUCAUAUAAUUGCAUGGGCGAGGUUGGGUAUGCCGAUAGUUUU